GCGAUGAUGAGGGGUGUUCAGCUACUGGGUCUGCUGUUGGUGGUGGGGUGUUACUGGCUGGCUCCGGUGGUGGAUGCUCAGUUCCCCAGAGUGUGCGCCACCGUACAGGGGGUCGUCUCCAAGAUGUGCUGCCCGCCGCUGGGCACCGAUCCGGCCAACUUGUGUGGGGUUUUAUCCGGACGAGGGAACUGCAGCGAUGUGCGAGUGGAUAACAAGCCCUGGGGAGGCCCUUACAGGCUGAGGAACGUGGACGACAGGGAGGGAUGGCCCAGGAAGUUCUUCAAUCGCACCUGCAGGUGCUUUGGUAACUUUGGUGGGCCUGACUGUGGGGAGUGUAAGUUUGGUUGGACGGGCCCUAACUGCGACCAGAGGAAGGCCCCGGUGGUGCGUAAGGACAUCAAAACUCUGUCGGCCGCCGAACUGGAGGAGUUCCUGAGCGUGCUGGACCGCUCCAAGACCGCCACCCACCCCACCUACGUCAUCGCCACCCAGCACUGGCUCGGCCUGCUCGGCCCCAACGGCACCCAGCCGCAGUUCUCCAACAUCUCCAUCUACGACUACUUUGUCUGGCAGCAUUACUACUCCGUCAGAGACACACUUCUAGGCCCAGGUCGCCCAUUCAAAGCCAUUGACUUCUCCCACAAGGGGCCUGCCUUCAUCACCUGGCACCGGUACCACCUUCUCAGCCUGGAGAGAGAGCUGCAGAAAUUGUCCGGGAAUGAAAACUUUGCCGUUCCCUACUGGAACUUUGCCACUGGGAGGAAUGAGUGUGACAUCUGCACCAACUCCAUGCUGGGGGCCCCUGACCCCAUCGACCCCUCGCGCAUUAGCAACAGCUCCAGAUUCGCUAAGUGGGGAGUGGUCUGUAACAGCCUGGAUGAGUACAACCAGCUGGUGACGCUGUGUAACGGCAGCAUGGAGGGUCCGCUGCGGAGGGGGAUGAUGCAGCGCAGGAACAUGUCACUGCCCACCAUGACGGACGUCAGGAGCUGCCUGCGCAUCAGGGACUUCGACAGCCCACCCUACUUCACCAACUCCACCUUCAGCUUCAGGAAUGCACUGGAGGGCUAUGACAUGCCUGACGGAGAGCUGGACAGCUCGGUGGCCAACCUGCACAAUCUGGUCCACAGCUUCCUUAGCGGUACCAACGAGCUGGCCCACGCCGCCGCUAACGACCCCAUCUUCCUGCUGCUGCAUGCCUUCACUGAUGCCAUAUUUGACCAGUGGAUGAAGAGGUUCCCCGGGAACGCCACCUUCCCGGACGAGAUGGCCCCCAUCGGCCACAACAGGCAGUACAACAUGGUGCCCUUCUUCCCCCCAGUCACCAACGAGGAGAUCUACGUGGCCUCCACUGAUCUGGGCUACUCCUACGCAGUGGAGCUAGAGGAGCUUGAGGAGAGCAGGCCCGUGGUGGUGCUGGGCUCGGCCCUGGGCGGCGUCUUCCUGGGGCUGCUGCUGCUGCUCUUCCUGGCCGUGCUCUACAUCCAGCAGAGGAGGAAGAGAGGCUUCGAGCCCCUCAUCAAGGCCGAGUACACCCCCCGCAGGUACACCCAGGAGGGGAACAUGCCAUGAAGCCAGCUGUGGAGGUGGACGGGAAGAGGAGGAAGAACACAGGAGCAGCAACAACAACAACAUGCCGUUAAUAACCGCCCUGGCGGUGGCGGUGGUGGCUCACCUGGACUCACAAGCUACAGCCUAGAACCAGAUAUCCCAACUUACCUGGAGCUUCCGGACUGGUUAACCAGAUGAUUUUGUUUUUUUUUACUAAUUCACCUGCACUGAUGAACAAACCUAAUUCAAUAAUUAGCCGGUAACAAAUACUAUGUGGUACUAGACUGUAGUUUCUGCAUUCAGGUGGCUCAUCAUGACUGGCAGUUUGUCAACAUCACGUACGGUGUAAAAAUGUGGAGAUUCCUCAAAGAAUCCUCAUCGGGUUCGAAGUGGAACCUAAACAUUCCACGAAGAACCUUAAAGUUCCUGGAAGAACCCCAGGGUUUUUUCCACAGUGAAAUUCAAAGAAAGACAGGCUUUUUGGAAAACCUUGAGGUUCUUCCAAUCACUCAUAAGUUCAGCAGAGAACCGUAAGGAAUCCCCCCCAGCGGCAAUUGUGGGUGUUUUGACAAACCUUUCAUUUUCACAGUGCAGGCAAGGACUCAAGCAAAGAACUUAUCGUGUAGUCAGAUCUUGGAAAUUUACCACUUUCUAACUCUGAAAUGAAAGUCCCUCCUGGGAUUCCUUUACAAACAGACGUGAUUAAAUGUAUCUAUUCUGGCAUACUUGAAAAUGCAUAUCAUCCAGAAGCACUUUCUUUGAAAUUAUUCAACACAUUUUGCCUGAAAAAUAAUGACGAGGCAGCUGGCACAAUUUUUUAAACAUUUAUUUGCAAGGAAUUGAGUUACAAAACCCAAAAUGCAAACAAUUUUAAAUGUUUUACAAACAUUGUAAGGCAUAUUUUGUUAGUACUUUCUUUGUGUCAAGUAGGAAAUAAUGUUCUAUUGGGACUUUCCUUCAGCAAUGUAAUGUGAAGUCAUUUUGUAUGGAAGAGUAUGGCUGUUUUGGAACCAGAUAUGUAUGAAAUAAUCCUUAAUGACUAACAAAAAGCCAAGCUGCUGUGAACAUGUAUUGUGUUCUAUAAAAUUAAUUUACAUAAACAUUAUGAUGGCUUUACUUGGAUGUUGAUUUAAUCAUUGUUACUGAAUGACCCAAGUCCCAAUUUUUAUAAAAAUCAAGACGCUAUUCUGUAAUAUGUGCACAUAACAAAAGCAAUGACAAAAUCAGAACUUAUUGAACUCAAAAAUUCUGUAUGUUGUGAUUUUGAUAAUACUGCAUGCAAUCUUUUUUUAAUCUCAUAAAUUCCUCACAUUCACAUCAUGAAUUUCAAUACUGUCAUUUUGCCUUUCUCUGUCAUAAAUAUUUUUUACAAAUAGAAAAUGGUGAUGUUCUACUCCUUGUGCUUUUAAAACAAUUCUCGUACAUUUUUAAAAUCUAAAUAUUAUAUUACUUUGUAUUACAAAGUGACCAAUUAAAUACCAAUAGAAAGACAGUGAUAGGAUCAAUAUUCAUGAUGUCAAAGUGUUGAAUUUAUGAAAUAGAUUGUUAUGGCAUACAGUGCUAAGAAAAUCUACACAGAAUUUAAAAAUGUAGUGAGUGUAGCUCAAAAUAGAUGACCAAAAAACAGCAUACGAGAGUCUCUGACCCAUGUUGAAUAUAUUGGGCACACCUUUGGACAAGAUGUGUGGAAAAGUGGACAUGACAGUUGAGUUAGUGGGCUUUGAUUCAGAAAGGCCGGUUGCCGCUGCUGCUGCUAUGCCCCAGCACCACGGCAGGGCUUUUCAGGGGCCCCGUCCCCUCCGUCACACUCAGCUGCUCCGCCCGCCUGCCUGCCUGCCUGUGCUGCGUGCCUGAAAGGCCUCACUGGUGCAUUCAUGCUUCUCUGCCUCUUCAAAAUUCCCAUUUCACAGGCCAGUGUGGCCGCCUUUCAGCAUGCCUUUCUUAAGUGCGGCAGCAAGCUUGCGCGGCUUUAGAGAUAAAGCUUUGGCCACUGCUCUGCCUCCACUCCCCCCUUCUUCACAAAGCUCAGCUCUCGCUCUCACUCGCUCUCGCUCUCUCUCUCACUCGCUCUCGCUCUCUCUCUCUCUCUCUCUCUCGCUCUCUCUCUCUCUAUCUCUCUCUCUCUCUCUCUCUCUCACUCGCUAUACAGCUCACUGCCUCUCCUCCCUCUUCCUGGGUUCAACCAAAAGACAAGCUCAACGCACACACACACACGGACACACACACACACGCACACCCAUAUAAAGAAAUUAACACAACACUCACACACAUGCACUAUAAAUCCAGAGUCAGAGCUGAUAUCUCAGCAAUAGAUUAUAGUAAUAAGUGUAAAUGGAGACAACUGCAAUAUCUGCUUUUCGAUUGCUCCUUUUAAUGUGGAAUCCAAAUAACUGUCUGAAAAUAUUCAUUCAGGUAUCUAACCUGACUUUCAAUACUGUUAGUAGUUCAGACUUUUUGCUGUCUGUAUAAUGACUGGAUGUUGUCAGCAGCUAAUUGUGGUUGCUAAUUUGCUAAUCUGAUGAUCGAUAUGAGUGGCUUACAUUAGUUUGGAUCAGAACAGUAGAGCUACACGAGUGCUUGACGUUUUUGAAAGGCAUGGCUUUGCCGAGUUGAACAUACACCGCUGCUGCUGUUUGCUGACAGGGGGUAGUUCUAGGGAAGUGGGAGUGGGAGUCGAGAAUGGAGGUUGGUGAUGCACAAGACCAAGCAGGGUGGCCGGAGUUAUCAGUGACUCCCAAUGCGAGUCAUCUUUGAUAGCAGUUCAUCACAUGAACGUCACAGCAUCUCAGCCAAACAAGCAGAUGACCAGGGGUGCUUUUCUCGAAAGCAUAUUUGCUUGCCAGUUAGCAACUUGGAUAGUUGCCAAUGUUAAAUUGCACUGCAAACAGCAAAGUAGCUAACGUAGUUAGCAACUAUGGUUUUCAGGAAUGCACCCCAGGAAAGCAGAGAAUCAUGGGAAGAACAAUGUGGCGGUUAGUAAUGAAGUAAAGACUGACGGAAUUCCUCACAGGACACAAAACAGGCGUCUGGAUCGGUAUUUCAAUCUAUUUGUUGACUUCAUAUUUAUAUAGUAUAUCCUUAACUUUCAGAGCAUUUGAUGCACAAGGUACUCUAUAAAAAAUCCCAUUUAUAUAUAUCAUUACAUAUAUUCAAAAUGUGACAUCUCUUUUUUUGUAGAAAAAUUAAAAAUCACUCUUUAUGAUCUCCAAGAACAUUCUCUUCAAGUGGUAAUACUGUAAUUCAAUACACCAAUCAAGUGGUAGGACUCUGAUGUAGUGGGGCUUAAAGGACUGAUGGAUAAACGCUAAAUAGGUGCUGCAAGAAAGCUCUCCCACAUAAAUUCACCCAGUUGGCUCCUCUGGCCCGCCCAUUAA